AUGGCCGAACGCUUCCCACUGACAGGUCUUGGCGCGGCUCUGUAUCAAGAGCAGAUCAACAAUCCAAUUACAGAGACUCCGCGGGGACAACAAGCACCGGCGUAUUCGAGAAAGCUGCCAUUCUCCCUUCUGGGACAAAUCGUCUACGACGAUAAGUCGCCCAUCGCCAGAAUCCACAGCAUUGCGGACAAGGAUGGCUCAUCCGAUACCGCUGCCGAGCAAUGUCUUGUCUCUGGUAAGCUGGAGCACGUCGAAUUCGACCUCUCCUACCUUCGCGAGGUUAUUCUAUACAUUCAGGAUGUAUACCCAGAGGGCUUCACUCUGACGGACGGGCUUGACCCAACAACAAGCGACACCGACUUCUUCGAAGAAGCAAACCCGGCGUCUGAUUCACGCGCUUUAAGAGAGAGAUGCGCGUUCGUGGGAGAAAUACUAGAUUUCGGUCAGAAAGGUUACUGCAUUCGAUGCGUAGAUGCCCUCACCAACGGGGCCUUCUGGGAUGUGAUACGAAGUGCUGGCUGCGAUGCGCCACCUUCGUUCAAGGGAGGCUUGCACAUGAACUCUUCUCAUCUCUCUACAACCAAAUCUCCUACAGUUGGACGCAUCAUCGUCGUCGAAACAAUCUCGUCCAAAGUGCUGGUCGCACUCCAUACAGCGUUGGAAUACUACUUCGCAGUCACUACCACCAUCGACUUAUAUGCCGGAGAAUUACGACUGGGAUCAGACGUACCUUAUGACGAAAUGAUCCGAGGAACCAAAUCCCGAGCCCGACACUAUGCUAUCAAAUUUCUCUAUGUCCUAAGCUUCGAAGACCGAGCUCGGUUACCGAUGCGGCAUAGGCUGAGAGUGAAAGAACUCUACAACGACAAACUGUACUCAGAUUUUUACAUCGGGCUUGGUACGACGGCGAUGCAAUUGAGCGAGGAGAUCGACCGAGCGAAAGGCCUUCCACCGUAUGCGCCUUUCAGACCAUGGUCCAUCCUUGUCGUUCCUGCUGUGCCAGACUUGCGCCUGUGGAGAGAGCAUCGUCUUGAAACAGACGUGCGCCUCGCAAAUGCAUCCGAGGCCUGGAUCUGGAUCAUAGCCGCAGAACACAAAUACGUCUUUGAUCAUAUGAUGAGCUUAUUCCAGAAAAUAUCCGACAAAGUCUCGCCUCCGAGGGAUUUUAUGUUCAACCUGGACUACAUUGAGAAGCUUUUGUUUGACGACGAGAAAUACACGAAAUCGAAACUCUACUUCUGGGCAUACCAAAGCCUGGAGAUGAUUCAAAGCACGCUGAAGGAGAUUAUCGAGCGAUGGGAAAUUUAUUGCUCCCACACGGAUCUUUUCGACUUUCGGAAAGAGGCCCAACCCUCGUCGGAAAAAGCGACACACUACGCGGCCAGAAUAGAGCAGGUGUCGAACCGAAUGGACGAUCUGAUUAAGAAGUUCCGCGGCCUGAUCAAAGAUUGCAAAUCCAAACAAAAAGAAAUCGCCGCUUUGCGAGAUGGCCUCUUCAAUGGUUCUGCAGUCCUUGAAAGCCGCAAUUCCUCGAAAUCGGCAGAUCAGUCUCUCAAGCAAAGCCAGAUUGCCAUCGCGCAAGGUGAAAACAUCAAGAUCCUCACCCUUGUAUCCAUAUUUUUUCUGCCUUUAGCCUUCGUGACAUCCGUCUUCGGCAUGACCAACCUUCCCUCAAGCGUCUCCAUGAAAUCCUUCGGCAUCGCCCUCGUCUUCAUCUGCAUCCCCUCCUACACCCUCAUCGGCAGCUUCAUGAGCGAGCGCGGCAUGAACGGAUGGCGCGCCGUCAUCAACUGGCUGAAAAACAACCUCAUCCCGCAGCGCUGGCGAACCCUGCGAGUGAAGAACGUAAUGCUGGGCUUCUUCUGGCUGGCGAACUGGGAGAAGCAGCCUUGGGAGCCGCCGCUGGAUAAACCGCCGAAACCCAGAGUCGUCCCUUUUUUGCCUCCGAGGCAGGGGCAUCACCAAGGCGCCAGAAUGGAGAGAGACGACGGAAGGGGUUCUUCGGAUGAGCGACUCCCACCAGGAAGUGGGAAGGGCCCGGAGUUUAUGCAGACGACGAAUGUGAAUGAUGAAGAAUUGGAGGAUAAAACUCCUGCACGCGAGCAGCCGUCCACGACGGCCCCAUCGGAUAAUCAACGUCUCACAGGUAACACAACUAAGCCGCCGAGAUGGAGACUCAAAGUGUGGAACCGCGGCGGAGGAAACGAAACCACGCAGACGGAGAGUAAAGAGAGAGAUGUCGAGAAAGAAGCCGCGUCGCGUGAGAAGUAGCAAUCUGAUAAUGCCUUGCCGUAGAUAUACUUGUUCACGCUGUCUGGGGUAGCUUCGCGAUGUUACUAGUUGUCCGAAAUGCCGAACUUCUCUCUCAUACAGAAUGCUG